GGUAUGUCCUUGAAUUUGGAGCCGGACAACGUUGGUGUUGUCGUGUUUGGUAAUGACAGACUGAUCAAGGAAGGGGAUGUUGUGAAGAGGACUGGUGCCAUUGUGGAUGUUCCAGUUGGGGAAGAGCUGUUGGGACGUGUUGUAGAUGCCCUGGGCAAUCCAAUUGAUGGGAAGGGUCCUAUUACAUCAAAGACACGUAGAAGAGUUGGCUUGAAGGCCCCUGGAAUCAUUCCCAGAAUCUCUGUGCGUGAACCAAUGCAGACUGGUAUUAAGGCUGUGGACAGCCUGGUGCCAAUUGGUCGUGGCCAGCGUGAGCUGAUCAUUGGUGACAGGCAGACUGGGAAAACUUCAAUUGCAAUUGACACAAUAAUCAACCAGAAACGAUUUAAUGAUGGAACAGAUGAGAAGAAGAAGCUGUACUGUAUCUAUGUUGCAAUUGGCCAGAAGAGAUCUACUGUUGCUCAGCUGGUGAAGAGGCUCACUGAUGCAG